AUGAAGACCAAACACCUCCCAACCGAGCUAUUCAUCCUGAUCGUGAAGCACUUAGAGCCUGAUGCGUGUUAUCGGCUCAUCCAGAGCAUCCAUGGUCUCGAGACAGUCCUCCCCAGAUCAGAAUUCGGAAAGCAGACAACCCGGGAUGGCAACACGAUUAUGCAUUUCGCUGCUCACAGAGGAGAUCAACGCUUGAUUGAAUACAUCAACUCUAAAGGACUGGAUGUCAACGUUAAGAAUCACGAUGGAGUCACCCCGUUGGCUGUAGCUGCCCGGCGUGGGCACGAAUCUGUGGUCGAGUUUCUCAUCUCCACUGGAGCAGAGAUAAACGUACGGGACUACCGAGGGUUGACACCCUUGCACAAUGCUGCUCAUCAUGGAGCGGAUCGUAUCGUCCGAAUCCUCCUCGACGCCGGCGCUGACCCCCUUUUGCAAGCGCGCAAGCGCCGCACAACUGCACUGGACUGGGCCUCUAGAAGUGGGCAUGUCACAACCGUUGCGUUACUCCUCAGUCGUAUUUCCAAAAGACCGCGAUUUUUGGCUGCCAUGUCCAUUGCAGCUAAAAACGGCCGGACGGCCGUCCUCCAGCAACUCAUCGACGCCGAUUUUCAAUUCUACAAUCAUUCCCUUUACGCAGGUGCGUCAUCAGGGCGACCGAAAGUGGUGAAGCUUCUUCUAUCGCAUGGAGACUGGUACGAAGGCGCGAGACGUGAAGCAUUGUGGAUGGCAGUCAAAAAAAGGUCUCUAUCAACGGUCCAAGAGUUGCUUGGGUCCGGCCUGCGCAUUUCCAAUGACGAUGACUUGUUACUCAAGGCACUGGGCCAUGGUGGAAGUCUUAAAAUCUUACGGGCCCUUUGUCAUGCAGGCCUUGAUAUCUCCGAGUCCACGGACAACGACACCAAGGACAUGCUUCUGGAGGCUGCUGCUCGCGGGAGCAAUACUGCAUUGGUUGAAUAUCUUGCCCAUUUGGGUUGGGUGAACCCGGAUAAUGGAAGCUAUGCGUUAUUUGAAGCUAUUCGGUUUGGAAGCUCUUCUGUGGUGAAGAUCCUCCUGGAGCACGGGUUUAAACUCCCCCUCCACGACCGAAACUAUGAUCUUGUUCGAAAAGUCAUCAACUCCGGGAUCGAUACAUCUCCCUCUGACCCCAUCCUCCAUGAGAACCUACGAUUGGCUCUGUCCAAGGCUGUUGAUCAUGGAAAUACCGAGAUCGUUGGCCUUCUGCUUGGUGCAGGUAUCUCACCCGAGGCACAUGGCUUUGAAGAAUCUGACAUUUCUAUGCUCUACAAAGAAACUGAAAAAGGCCACCUAGAGAUGGUGAAAUUACUAGUGCAGGCCGGAGCAGACGUCUUCUAUGAAAGUUACAAGGAUUUUUCAAGAGCAGGGCCAGGUAGACACGGGUAUACCGCGCUCUACAUUGCGACGAACAAUGGGCAUCUGGAUGUGAUGAAGUACCUGAUACAACAUGGAGCUCCAGUUUCUCACCAAGGGGCAGAGGACAUAUCUGCACUACAUGUCGCAGUUCAAACCGACUGCCCUUCAAGCGUUAGCCUAUUACUCGAGGCCGGUGCCAAUAUGUCCCUCAGAGCGUCCUGCGGAGGAACUCCCCUUCAUUUCGCCGCUGAGUAUGGUUUCUUGGAAGCAGUCCAGCUUCUACUCGAUGCCGGGGCCGACCCCUUCGUGCGGAAUUGGCACGGGCAAUUCCCGUGGGAUUUGGCGCUGAAUGGUGGCCACGAUGACACUGUCAAUAUUUUCGAGGAACUGGUGAACUAG